CAUGUUUGGAUCAACCGUGUCUCCCACAGGCUGAUGGGACACUUUCCUUUGUUAGCAAAUCCUUUUCAAUAUAUUUAGUCAUCCUGGGGAGAGAAUCCGGCCUAAAAACAUCUCCAUAAAAGGAACACACAGCUUGGCAGAAGAAGCCAUGAAGAUGGAAGUGGACGCACACACGUUGACACACACACAAACACCAACCAACAACAACGCACAUCGUUCAUUCACAGGUCUAAGUGUAUGAGUAUAUGGAGGUCCUCUAUUUGGAAGAAUAUUUCCUUCUUCGUCUGAUAUAUAAAGCAGAGAGUGGAGAGCUGAUUAAGACAAACAGAAGCAACCUAAAGAUGAAGACCUCAGUGGCUGUGUUGACCUUAUCCCUCCUCUGCCUUUGUGUGGCUGAGGUCCGAGGUGUCCAGGUGGCAUUUAAAGCAGCUCAGGGCAUUGUUGGAUAUAUUGGACCAUAUAACACUGAGAUCACACUAGCCUACAAGACAGUCCUCUCAAACACAGGCACAUACAACCCUGCAACAGGUAUUUUUACCGCUCCGGUCAGAGGAUACUACUACUUCAGCUUCUCCGGCCAUAAUGUUUCAAAUAGACCAAUGGGGCUGCGACUGAUGAAGAAUGGAGUGCAGAUUGUGACUGUGUACAACCAUGUUGCUGGAAAUCGCUAUGAGACAGCAACCAAUGGCAUGGUUGUACAUCUUAAUGUGGGUGACCACGUGUACAUGAGACUCAGAGCAAACACCUGGAUUUUUGAUAAUGACAAUAACCACAGCACCUUUGCUGGCUUUUUGUUAUCCGCUCGUUAAGUGGAUCAAAGAUUAAAUUAGCAAGAAACAGACAGUUUUAAAAACUAGAAAUGGAAAGUGGUUAUGUUACAAUAAACUAAUCAAAUAAUCAAUAGGACACUCUUUUUCAGGAUGACAAUAACUUUUUGUUCUGCGUGUUUGUUUUUUUGACCACAAUAUAUAUAGAUAGCUGUUACGUUGGCUUAUAAGGUUGCUGUGUACCUGAUGAGAUUAAGUCCAACAUUCCAUUAAUUUUUAGUUUAAGGGUUUCCAACAACCAGAGGGAAAAAUGUCUGGAUCUAUAGCAGCUAGAUCUUUGACUGUGGUCAUCAGCCGGUCUGUAAUUUUCUCUGUUAGCUGUUGGUGCUGGACAGAUAGUGUAGAGUGGAUUAAAACACUUUAUCCUAUAAUUGUUGACGAUAGCAGCUCAAGAAAUCUGAAUCAAUCCCUGUCAUGAUUUUGAAAAUUUAAACGUGUUUAUUCAUUGAUAUUAUCUUUGUCUUUAUAAUGUUAUUUAUAUCAAUAAAGCUCCAAGAACCGAUGGAAUUUUAAUCAAACUUUUCAAAAUCAAAAUUAAAAAAAAAAAAACUUGCACACAAGUGGCACAGGUGGUUAUUUUCAACUGGAUGAAAUACUUUUAUUUUAACACUGGCAGUUGUGAACUUUCAUACAUUUAGCACUGUCGAGUUUCACUGUA